AUGAAAAGCCUAGUUAUGAUAACUUUCAUAAUUACUCUAUCUAACUGUCUCAACAUAAGAUAAUGCAAUCCUGCUAUGUGUAAGGGUACUGCAAUGGAAUGUAUGGAGUCAACAGAAUGUGCUAAACAACUAACCUCUUGUUUAAAAGAUUUAAGGUCACAUAUUGCCGAAGAUAAUUCCUAUGAAUCAUUUGAGACAUGUUUGAAUAAGAGUUUUGCAGCAGGAAAACUCUUGGGUUGUGCAAAGACUCAAUGUCCCAAUUCUGCAGCUUAAUUUGUUACCAUGAUAUUCAACUCUGCCUAAUCCUAGUCCUACAUAUCAAUAGACUUCAAAAAGUCCAUCAUCUGA